AUGGUGAAGGAGUCAAAACUUGGCAUGGGUGUGGGUACACCUCAAAGACUGAUUGAUCUGUUCGACGAUGGUAAGUUCGACCAUUUUGCAAAGCCCGAAGCGAAUGCUAACACUUCCAAGNGUGCUCUAUCGGCAGGUAGACUGGAGAGAAUCAUCAUUGAUGCUUCGCAUAUUGAUUCCAAGAAGCGCGGCAUCCUGGACAUGAAGGACACGGAAAGCCCCUUGAUUAAGCUGCUGACAAGAUCCAGCUUCAAGGAGAAGUAUAACGAGGACAAAAUGAAGAAGAUUGAGUUGAUCUUCUACUAA